GGUCACCGGUACAUGAGAGUGAUGAGAAUUCUUCUGUGACAUUUCGUUUUGACAACAGAGGUAACGGAGACGACGACGGUUUUUACUACAUCUUCUAUUCUCCGCAACUGUUAGGGUUUAAACUUGUAAUUCAAAGUUGGGUACAGUCGUACAGACUCUUCUUCCCCCUUUUGGUUUUAGGAAAUUGCAUCAAUUAGCAAAACAUGGCACCGAGAAAGAAGACACCAGCCAUGAUUUGGGUUAGGAAAUCGCAGCAAUCAGCAACAAUUGGAAUGCAUUUAGACUCGUCUCUUCUCCCAGAUUGUGUUUCAAAAUUGCAGUUGUCUCCGUCUCCAUCAGCAAAAAUAGGUCAGACAUUUCUCAUGAGAGACUGGUCUCUUCUCCCUGAAGAGCUACUGAGAAUUAUCUCUAAGUAUCUGGAGGACAAGGACUAUUGUUUCGAUGUGGUUCAUGCUCGCUCUGUUUGCAGUUCUUGGCGAUCUAUCUUCCCGUUUCCUUCUUGCCUAUUACGCCAAAGUUAUUCUCUUCCUUCCUUUGCCAAGUUCCCUCGCAAAACAAAAGACUUGUGCACCCUCGAGAAGAUCCCUUUGUUCUUGUUUAGAGUUCGUGCUCCUGCAUCGCAUUAUGAGUAUUUUCUCGGAGAUUUGGGCCCGGAUAAGUCAGAAGACCGUAUGGAGCGUCCAUCUCCUCUUCAAUGUUCAGUGAAAUAUAAGAUACCAGGAACUGAUCCAACCUUAAUGAACAUGCUAGACUGCCAGAUCAUCCCUCUGGGCCAUCAGUACAGGAUGAUCGGUUGGUAUCCUGACUCAUUGGCAACAAGUUUCAGAGGCGUGGCUGUUCUUCCACUAAACAAGCAGGGAGGAGGAGGAGGAGGAGGAGGAUUUGUUGUGCUUAUCGGCUAUUCUCAUGGUUUGUUGGUAUUAAGAAGUGCUGAAAGGAGAUGGAUGCGUCUUGAGCAAUCCUCAAUAGCUGACUGCUCGGAUAUCCUCACUUUUAGAGGCAGAUUUUAUGUAGUCUUUCUUAACGGGGACAUUUUCGUUAUCGAUCCUUAUUCUCUGGAAGCAACUCCCCUUAUGCCACCGGAGGUUCUGAACUCUGGUUCAUGCAAUUAUCUGGUUCCAUGUGGCAAUGAUGAACUUUUUCUAGUUGUGGUAAUCAUCCCAAGAUCGUCUGUGUUAGAUUUUGGUAAGUUAACAUGUAGAGUGAGUAAGCUAGAUGAGGAGGCUGGUGAAUGGGUUGAGGUCAGUGAUUUGGGAGACCGUGUUUUGUUCAUUGGAAACCAGGGAAAUGUUGCUUGCUCGGCUAAGGAGCUUCCUAAUGGUUGUGGUGUGAGCGGGAACUCAAUUUUGUUCACUGAUGGGCUUGGCUUUAAAAAUUUUGCCUAUAAAUAUGGAGUACCCACAGGGAAUGCGGAGGACGACCUCAGUCUGUGGAGAUUCUCAAGAGAGAAUCUUGUGGAUGUUCUCAACAAAUCUCCUCCAGUGGUGGCUCUCCAGAUUGCGCGCUAAGCCGUAAAAUCUUGCCUUGGAUACCUGAGACAUCUCUUGGAUCAAAAACAAUUAUUCCUAUGACUUUUGGUAAAGAUAAUGCCACAUCAAUAUGCUGAAGGCUAGAACAGUGUGAGAGUAUUCAAGUCUUAAUUGUUGUUGCUAACUAAAAGCAUCUUGAGGUAAUCUUCCCUGAAGUGUUCUUGAACUUUGCUCUUUGUGAAUAUGUGUUUGGUGGUCAAACUUGUUUACUAGUGUCCAAGCUAAGACAUGACAUGCAGACACAUUGUUUUCCUCUUCGAUUAUUACUCGUGUUUCUCUUUUGUAUUUGGUGUCCACUUAAAACAGUGAUGGAAAUAGUCGUGAGAACUUAGAUGAUAUGAUUUUAGACUUUUUAAAGCAA